GUGCAACGCAACCAAAGCCUUGUUCCCCAACAUACCAAACACUCAACACCACGAAUUAACAAGAAACCGCAUUCAAUUGACCACCUCAUCUUGUUCAGCGAUACAAAAUACCACCAUGGCAUCCCGCAUCCUAACACCGGCGCUGCGCAUGCGCGCAUUCGCCAGCCCCUCGACGGCGCUCCAGCUACGCUCCGCUCCGCUACGAAGCUUCCAGAGCUCGACGAUAUUGCGUGAGGGGGCUACGCCGUUGCCGGUUAGGAAACCUGUUGGUGCUUUUAGGGGAGGGUGAGUUUUGUUCCUGUCUUGAGGGUUUAGUUUGGGGAGGGGGUGAAGUGUUGGAGAUGGAGACAGGGAGGAAGAUGUGCUAAUUUGCGGGGUGUAGGUUAUUUGGCUUCCUUUUGGGAAGUACGUUGGCGGGGGCGGGGGUUUAUUAUUAUGUUCUUGAGGAGUAUCGGGUUUCUAAUGAGUUGCUUACGGAGGAUAUUUAUGUGAGUUUUCUUUUUUUGCUUCUUCUUUCCUUGCGAUUGUGGAUUGAUUGUGGUUUUGGAGGGAUGGUGGAAUGGAUAUCUCGUACUACGAACGGGAUUUUGGGAAUGUGUUGCUAAUUCUUGUGAUUUGAUAGAGUCUGCAAGCUUCGGUUCAACGCGUACAUACCUAUGUCCAGACGCUUGAGGAGGACUUGGCCCAGUUGAAGAAGAAGAAAUGA